GAGGUCGGAUUACGAGCAUGGGAGAGCGGACUCCUAUCGAGUCGCCACGGUUAUAGCCACCGAUGACGACAAUCGCACAGCCGAUGGCCAGUACAAGUCAAGACGCAAGAUGCCGGCCAAAGUUAAUAAAAAGGAGAAUUUAGAUGAUCUCAAACAGGAGUUGGAUAUCGAUUUUCAUAAAAUCACUCCUGAGGAAUUGUAUCAGCGCUUUCAGACACAUCCCGAGAAUGGUCUAAGUCACGCCAAGGCCAAGGAGAACUUGGAGCGCGAUGGUCCCAAUGCGCUGACGCCACCCAAGCAGACACCCGAAUGGGUGAAGUUCUGUAAGAACCUGUUCGGUGGCUUCGCCAUGUUGCUGUGGAUCGGUGCUAUUCUCUGCUUCGUGGCCUAUUCUAUCCAGGCCAGCACCAGCGAGGAGCCGGCCGACGAUAAUUUGUAUCUGGGUAUUGUACUUUCCGCUGUCGUCAUUGUGACGGGCAUUUUCUCAUACUAUCAGGAAUCGAAAAGUUCUAAGAUCAUGGAAUCGUUCAAGAACAUGGUACCCCAGUUCGCCACCGUCAUCCGCGAGGGCGAGAAACUCACGCUGCGCGCUGAGGAUCUCGUCCUGGGCGAUGUCGUUGAGGUGAAGUUCGGCGACCGUAUCCCCGCUGACAUCCGCAUCAUCGAGGCGCGCACCUUCAAGGUGGACAACUCCUCGCUGACCGGCGAGUCGGAGCCGCAAUCCCGUGGCGCCGAGUUCACCCAUGAGAAUCCGCUGGAGACCAAGAAUCUGGCCUUCUUCUCCACCAACGCCGUCGAGGGCACUGCCAAGGGUGUGGUCAUCAGCUGUGGCGAUCACACCGUCAUGGGCCGCAUUGCUGGCCUCGCCUCCGGUCUGGACACCGGCGAGACGCCCAUUGCCAAGGAGAUCCACCAUUUCAUCCACCUGAUUACCGGCGUGGCCGUGUUCCUUGGCGUCACCUUCUUCGUGAUUGCCUUCAUCCUGGGCUACCACUGGCUGGACGCUGUCAUCUUCUUGAUUGGCAUCAUCGUCGCCAACGUGCCCGAGGGCCUGCUGGCCACCGUCACUGUGUGCCUGACCCUCACCGCCAAGCGUAUGGCCUCCAAGAACUGUCUGGUAAAGAAUCUGGAGGCCGUGGAGACCCUUGGCUCCACAUCGACCAUCUGCUCCGAUAAGACCGGCACCCUCACCCAGAACCGAAUGACGGUCGCUCACAUGUGGUUCGACAACCAGAUCAUCGAGGCCGACACCACCGAGGAUCAGUCGGGUGUUCAAUACGAUAGAACCAGCCCUGGAUUCAAGGCGCUCUCUCGCAUUGCCACUCUCUGUAACCGUGCCGAGUUCAAGGGAGGCCAAGAUGGCGUACCCAUCCUCAAGAAAGAAGUCAGUGGAGAUGCCUCUGAGGCUGCUCUGCUCAAGUGCAUGGAACUGGCCCUGGGCGAUGUGAUGAACAUUCGCAAGCGCAACAAGAAGAUUGCCGAGGUGCCGUUCAACUCCACCAACAAAUACCAGGUGUCCAUCCAUGAGUGCGAGGAUGCCAACGACCCCCGCUACUUGCUCGUAAUGAAGGGAGCUCCCGAGCGUAUUCUGGAGCGUUGCUCCACCAUCUUCAUCAACGGCAAGGAAAAGGUCCUGGACGAGGAGAUGAAGGAGGCAUUCAACAAUGCCUACAUGGAACUCGGAGGACUGGGUGAGCGUGUGCUCGGUUUCUGUGACUUUAUGCUGCCCUCCGACAAGUAUCCCUCCGGAUUCAAGUUCAACACCGACGACAUUAACUUCCCCAUCGAUAACCUCCGUUUCGUCGGUCUCAUGUCCAUGAUUGAUCCUCCCCGUGCCGCCGUGCCCGAUGCCGUGGCCAAGUGCCGAUCGGCCGGUAUCAAGGUCAUCAUGGUCACCGGCGAUCACCCGAUCACUGCCAAGGCCAUCGCCAAGUCUGUCGGUAUCAUCUCCGAGGGCAAUGAGACCGUCGAGGACAUUGCCCAGCGCCUGAACAUCCCCAUUUCCGAGGUGAACCCCCGUGAGGCCAAGGCCGCCGUCGUCCACGGCGCUGAGCUGCGUGAUGUGUCCAGCGACCAGCUGGAUGAGAUCCUCCGCUACCACACCGAGAUCGUCUUCGCCCGUAUCCCCCAGCAGAAACUGAUCAUUGUAGAGGGUUGCCAACGCAUGGGCGCCAUUGUGGCCGUGACUGGUGAUGGUGUCAACGAUUCUCCGGCUCUGAAGAAGGCUGACAUUGGUGUUGCCAUGGGUAUCGCCGGUUCUGAUGUGUCCAAGCAGGCUGCUGACAUGAUUCUGCUGGACGACAACUUCGCCUCCAUUGUGACUGGUGUGGAGGAGGGUCGCCUGAUCUUCGAUAACCUGAAGAAGUCCAUUGCCUACACCCUGACCUCCAACAUUCCCGAAAUCUCGCCCUUCCUGGCCUUCAUCCUCUGCGACAUACCACUGCCACUGGGAACCGUGACGAUUCUGUGCAUCGAUCUGGGCACUGACAUGAUUCCAGCCAUAUCGCUGGCCUACGAGGGACCCGAGGCGGACAUCAUGAAGCGCCGGCCGCGCAAUCCGGAGAUCGAUAACCUGGUGAACGAGAGGUUGAUUUCCAUGGCCUACGGACAGAUCGGCAUGAUCCAGGCCGCCGCCGGCUUCUUUGUGUACUUUGUCAUCAUGGCUGAGAACGGCUUCUUGCCCAAGAAACUGUUCGGCAUUCGUAAGAUGUGGGACUCGAAGGCUGUCAACGAUCUAACUGACUCCUACGGACAAGAAUGGACCUACCGCGACCGCAAGACCUUGGAGUACACCUGCCACACGGCCUUCUUCAUCUCGAUUGUGGUUGUGCAAUGGGCCGAUUUGAUCAUCUGUAAGACGCGCCGAAACUCGAUCUUCCAGCAGGGCAUGCGCAACUGGGCUUUGAACUUUGGCCUCGUCUUUGAAACCGUGCUGGCCGCGUUCCUCUCGUACUGCCCGGGCAUGGAGAAGGGUCUGCGCAUGUACCCCCUGAAACUCGUCUGGUGGUUCCCGGCCAUUCCAUUCGCGCUGGCCAUCUUCAUCUAUGACGAGACCCGUCGCUUCUACUUGCGUCGCAACCCCGGAGGCUGGUUGGAGCAGGAGACAUACUAUUAAACACCCACUCUGCUACAUGCCCACACAGAAACACACACACACCACACCCAGAAACACCCACAAAACACCCAUGAAACACCUACAAUCCAUGGAGAGCAACAAAUAGUAAUGUUUAUGAACCACAAAACCCACACAACCACAGUAAUAGCAACAGCAGCAGCAACGGCAACAACAACAGCUACGGCUACAACAAGCUACAGCAAGAACAUAUUACAAUAUAUUUUAUUUUUUUAAUUUAAUUAUUUAAAGUAAUCGAGGAGAAACAAAAAUGCAAGCGAUAAUUAUUUUAAACGUUAAGUAAAUUUAAAUUAUAAAUUAAAGCUAAAAAUAAGAUUUAAAUAAAGUAUAAAUGAAAACAAAACAACAACAAUUUCGAAGGAACACCAAUCACAACCAGACAAAUGCAGAAACAAGAACAAAUACAACAGAAUAAAACAAAAGCAGCCAGUAACUAAGCAAAAAACAGUAACAACACCAUGUUUUUAGUAAAAUUAUUAACGUAACGAACUGGAUGAAUCGAUUAUUUAAGCAAAAGCUUAUCGAAAACAAUAACAAGAUCCCAAAAAAUAAAAGCUAAAGGCAUCCACACACACACUCUCGCACAGACACACCCACAAACACCCACACACUCAAAGACACACCCACACACACCGAUACACAACGCAUGACGAGACAAAGUAUAUAAGAAGUUUAGAGAAAUUAUAAAACGAAGUAAAUAAAAAGUAAAAGAGGAAAGCAAAGAAAACAAUGAAAAACCUUAGCGUAGUUACCAAUUAAGCCGUGAAGAGUAAACCCCAAUAAAAACCACAACAACAACAACCAAAACCAAAAAAAACAGAAAUUAAUUUGCAAACUUGUGUGUGUAAACGCAGCUUAGCGCAGAAGAACGAAAUAUAUAUAUAAACAGAAAAGCAAAACCACAA